AUGAGGGGGAGGGUGUGGGCUGUGGGGGUGAGGGUCAACGCAUGUGGUCUUUCUCGCUCGCUUCCCCUCACCCCCUCUCUAUCUUUCCUCUCCCACUCUCUAUCUUCCCCUCUCAACCCCUCUCCAUCUCUUCCCCUCCACCUCUCAUUUCACUUCCCCCUCUCCCCUUAUCCCCCCCUCGGCAACACAGGUGGUGGGAGGGGGUCGUCACAUCAGUGGACGCACAGGGACCCAAAAUCAGGGGCUUCACUGUGGAGUUUCCAGUCGCCAUGCCCCCCUUCACUCCCGCCUUCCCCUCUCUUCUGUGGUGCCAGGGCACGGGGAGAUGGGGCAGAAGCAGGGUACGGGGAGAUGGGGCAGAAGCAGGGGCGCGUCGCUUGCUGCUUACUGCCACUCCUCUCUUCCCUCUCUCCCCUUCCUUCUCCCGACCCUUCCCCUUGCCGCUGCUUCUCCCCCUGCUCUCCCCCUGCUCCCCCCCUGCUCUCCCCCUGCUCUCCCCCUGCUCCUCCUCCUGCUCCUCUUCGCUGCCCCCCCUGCUCCCAUUGGCCAGGGUACGGGGAGAUGGGGCAGAAGCAGGUGCGGCCGUGGGAGCUGCGUCCAUCAAUGGUGUAUGACACUCAGGGCCACCUCUGGCACCUCGUCAAGGUCAAGGGCGCGUCGCUUGCUGCUGUGGUGGGGGGAGCAGCGGGCGAUGAGGAGGAGGAAGAGGAGGACGUGGAGGUGGAGUAUGUGGGGGAGGAGGCCGGCGCUGCAAUGGAAAUGGUGAAUGGAGAGGCCUCGGAAGAGAGGCCGGCCGCGCUUGCACUGAGUGGAGGCUUUGUGUCCGUGAUUGUGGCCUUCUAA